AUCCUUCCCACUCAGCUUCUAUCCGCGUUACACUUGGAUUGGAUGAGAGAUUCAUUUGAUUCUGUAUUCAUUCAACUCCUAACCCCUCCUCCUCCUCCUCCUCCUCCUCCUACCCCUCUCCCACCUUCUCUCUGCCACUCCUUUAUCUUCCUGUCUGCGAGUAAAGAUCAACUGUGUGGAGAGAUAUGGCAUCGGACAAGUGGUGCGUGGAGAAAAGGGGCGUAGUCGGCAAUGAAUCCGUUGGAGGAGAUAUUGGUGGUGUGACCGAAACUGGGUGCCUCUCCAUUGUUGUUCUUGGUGCUUCUGGUGAUCUUGCAAAGAAGAAGACUUUUCCUGCCCUGUUCAACCUCUACCGCCAGGGAUUCUUGAAAUCUAACGAUGUUCACAUCUUUGGCUAUGCAAGGACCAAAAUUGCACUUGAUGAAUUGAGAGAUCGUAUUCGCGGGUAUCUUUCCCCGGAGAAAGAGAAUCCAGAAUCUGUUUCAAAUUUUCUGCAAUUGAUAAAGUAUAUAUGUGGCGGUUAUGACUCCGAAGAAGGUUUUCAGUCAUUAGACAAAGCAAUAAGUGAGCAUGAAGUAUCAAAAAAUAGCACAGAAGGAUCAUCCAGAAGGCUAUUCUACCUCGCACUCCCUCCUUCAGUUUAUCCAUCUGUUUGCAGAAUGAUAAAGUUGUAUUGCACUAAUAAAUCCGAUCUUGGUGGAUGGACACGGAUCAUAGUUGAAAAGCCAUUUGGGAGGGAUUUGGCUACAGCUGAGGAACUCAGUGCCCAGAUAGGAGAAUUAUUUGAUGAACCAGAAAUUUAUCGCAUUGACCACUACUUGGGGAAGGAGUUGGUUCAGAACUUGCUUGUGCUUCGCUUUGCUAAUCGCUUCUUUUUGCCUCUUUGGAAUCGUGACAAUAUUGACAGUGUUCAGAUUGUAUUCAGAGAAGACUUCGGCACUGAAGGCCGUGGUGGAUAUUUUGAUCAAUAUGGGAUUAUACGCGACAUUAUUCAAAAUCACCUUUUGCAGGUUUUUUGCCUUGUUGCCAUGGAGAAGCCAAUUUCGCUAAAGCCUGAGCAUAUCCGAGACGAGAAAGUGAAGGUCCUCCAGUCAGUAAAUCCCAUAAAAGAUGAAGAGGUUGUUCUUGGGCAAUAUGAGGGCUAUAGGGAUGAUCCAACAGUUCCUAAGAACUCAAACACCCCAACUUUUGCUACAAUGGUUCUGCGUGUUCACAAUGAGAGAUGGGAAGGUGUGCCAUUUAUACUGAAGGCAGGAAAAGCACUGAAUUCUAGAAAGGCGGAAAUUCGUAUCCAAUUUAAGGAAGUUCCUGGUGAUAUAUUCAGAUGUCAAAAGCAAGGAAGGAAUGAAUUUGUUAUACGGCUUCAGCCUUCAGAAGCAAUGUACAUGAAACUCACGGUGAAGCAACCAGGACUGGAAAUGUCAACUGUUCAGAGUGAACUUGACCUGUCUUACCGGCAACGUUAUCAAGGGGUUACCAUUCCAGAGGCUUAUGAGCGCCUUAUACUUGACACCAUAAAGGGGGAUCAGCAGCAUUUUGUUCGCAGGGAUGAGCUGAAGGUGGCAUGGGAGAUAUUCACUCCGAUACUGCACAGGAUAGAUAAGGGAGAGCUGAAGCCAAGGGCGUACAAGUCAGGCAGCCGUGGCCCUGCAGAAGCAGAUGAUUUGCUCAAAAGGGUAGGCUAUGCACAAACACAUGGUUACAUUUGGAUCCCUCCCACUCUGUAAUUAAUAGCAUGUACGUGCGUGCAGAGUAUAUACAUAACCAAAGCAAAACGUAGUCGAUCACUCGAACUAUGGCCACAAUAAUGUCCCCUCAUAUUAUUCUCUUCAUAUUCUAAUAAAACGUUGCAUACACGUAUAGUAGAUGCCAUUAGCAUUUGUUAUUGUUUU